AUGGAAGAUGAAGUAGUCAUCGCUUCUUCAUCCAUCGAAGCCAGAAUCGGUUGUUGGGGCCUUCGUUCCGGUGCAGAACAUCUCCGCUACCGCUCAUGCGCCUCUCCUCCUCACGGCCUUGUAUCCGUCGUUGGACGCUUCCUUGCUUCCUCCCAGCUCCGUGAUUCUUCAUCAUCCUCUGGCUCCGUUCUCUUCUGGUCGUGGAACAAGGUAGAAGUUAAGAGUUUUCCAGCUGAAGCAAUCAAUCCUCUUGCUUGCAAUAGUGAUGGCACUUACAUAGUAGGAGGAGGAGUUUCUUGUCAUAUUUACUUGUGGGAGGAGGAGGAGUUUCUUGUCAUAUUUACUUGUGGGAGAUCCGAGGAUGGAACUGUUCGAGUUUGGUCACUUCUGAUGAUAUUUUAUGAGGAAGGACAACAGAGAGCAGGACAUCUGUAUGAGUACAGUUUCACUGGUCAUGCAUUACCUGUAACAGACAUUGUUACAGGCUAUGGAGGAUCCAAUGCAAUUAUCUUGUCUGCUUCUCUAGAUCGUACUUGCAAGGUAUGGAGCCUAUCUAGAAGGACAUUGUUGAGAAAUAUUGUGUUCCCUUCAAUAAUUGUUGCAGUUGCAUUAGAUCCAGGAGAACAUGUUUUUUAUGCUGGUGGGAGAGAUGGCAAAAUAUACAUUGCAGAACUCAAUGCUCAAACCACAUCCAACAAUAACAACAACUAUGGUUUGCAUAUCAUUGGCACAUUAUCUGAUCAAAGUAAGGCGAUAUGCUCUUUGGGUUUUGCAUUGGAUGGAUUUCAAUUGGCUGUUGGAUCAGAGGAUGGAAUGGUUCGUGUUUGGGAUACAGAAAAAUGUGGAUGUUCAAGCAAAGUUUGA